AGUACGAGGAAACAGUCGAGCUACAGCAGAACUGCUGAAGUUUUGCAAAAUGGUGUGGAUUGACUGAGAGAGAAAGCGAAAGAACGAAGCUUUUUCUUCCCCCCAAAGGAAAUGGAUGCAGCCGAAGCCCCUCUAUCGACCUCUCCAUCCCAAUCUAGUUUCAGCCAACAACGCCAUUUCUAUCAUGCUGUCGACAGACUAAAGUUCAAGAUGGAGACAUUAGUCGAUCUAUUGGGCAUGGCGGGCCGUCUUCCUUGCUUGCCAAUGGUGGUUUGUUGCAGCACCCGGGACGAGCUUGAUGCUGUUUACUCCGCCUUAUCAACCCUCUCCUACAUCUCUAUCUCUGCCGUGUACAGUGACCUCUCUGAGGCAGACAGAGCGCAGGUUUUUGCCACGUUUCGACAGGCUGUGAUGAGGUGGAAUCGUCAACCCAUGGCUCAACCACAAGAUGCAGGGAAUGGAGAAAAGGAAGAGAAGUCUCACAUGAUUGUUGUGACAGAUGCUUGCCUUCCUCUGGUUAACUCUGGGGAGUUACCUUUUAAUGCCCGUGUCUUGAUUAAUUAUGAGUUACCAACUAAAAAGGAAACGUAUAUGAGGCGCAUGGCUACUAGUUUGGCAGCAGAUGGAAUUGUGAUCAACAUGGUUGUUGGAGGUGAGGUUGUAGCGCUCAAAAACAUUGACGAAAACAGUGGCUUUCUAAUAGCAGAAAUGCCCAUAAAUAUUUUAGAGAUGCUGUGAAGAUUUCAGGCUGUUGGAAUGACAUAAAAUACACGCAUAACAGACUAGACAGUUACAGCCACAGGCCAGUGAUAGAAUUACCUUAAAAAGAACUUCAUUCUGUUUUAAAUUUGCGAUUCUCAUUGUAAGUACCCCGGGAAAGCAGCUUAAGUUUGACUAUUUUGAAACAUGAUAUGUGCAGUCUGCUCCACAGUGUUCCGGACAUGUUAAAAAGACGGAUUUUGGUGGGGACUCGAUGCAUGCUAGGAAAUAGGAUACUUUUCACAAAAAGAAAAAAGAAAAAGACAAGAUUGCAUGUCUUUGGAGCAGGAUUCUCGUUUCCUGUUUAUGGACAAAGACAUUUAUUUGAUCUGGUUUCAUGUUAUGGAGCAGGCUUUUGUGUUGCCUGUUUAUGGACAAAGACAUAUACUUGAAUUUGGUUUCAUGUUACGGAUCAGGCUUUGUGUUGCCUGUUUACUGACAAUGACGUUUUUUAGAACUUGGAAAUUUGUGACAUCUCGAGAUAUAUAUUAUUGACUUGAAUUGCUGCAAUAACAUUGCCUUGUUGGGUAGUAACUCUCUUUUCUUCCUAAUGACGGUUGAAGAAAGUUUGUAGAAAAGUUGAGCGAGCUGAAGCCAUUCCUUCUGGAGGGAAGAAGGGGGGACAGGUUAAGGAUAUAGUGCUAGCAAAUGGUCCCUAAGGUUUAUGAAGAAAGGUAGAUUGUGGAUUGGAUUCCACCCCUAAUUGGCAACACAACACACAAACACACACUCCAAAAAGGAAAACCAAUUAUUUGGUCUUUGGAUGUAUUGUGGUAUGUUAUACCUCACUUUAAAUAGGGAGGGAGACUGCUCUUCUCAGCAAGUGGAAUGCAAUGGAAUGUAAAAGGAAAAUGAUAGAUGUACCUGCUUACAUACUCAGAUUCUAUUGCAAGAAAAAAAGGAAAUGACGCCUCUAGGUAUUAGUCUAGUGGAUGAGAAGUUUCACUUCGUUCUAUGAACAUUUGGGUUAUGGGUUUGGGUUUUGCUCCUUGUGUGUCUUCUUUUACUCGCAUUUGACACUUACAGUCUGUUUGGUUCGUUGGAAAAUAUUUGAAGGGAAAUGGAAUUGAAAUCCAAGAAAAUGGAUUAUGUUUGGUUGGUGGAAAA